GCUCUAGGAAUCAAUAUGGCUUCCAAAGUGAGGUCACGACUCAAAUUUUUGUCUCCUCAUGUUGACGAGAAAGUAUUUAAAAGUCUGCAAAAGCGUAUAUCACCACGGAAAACAUCCAAGGCACUAGAAUCUGUGAAAGAAGGAGAUGAGACCAUUGCAGUAUCUCAGCAAGAGGUCAGUGUUGAUGGGCAGCCUUUAUCAGCACAAAACAAAGAGAAACUUGUUCAAAAGAAGAAACCAAAGAUAAGAGUGAAUAUUAACGAGUGGUACCGCAAGAACACUUCAUUGCUAGACGUUGAGUCAAUCUACCAGACACGCCCAAAUGCUAAAACAGCCUUGGUGGGCACACAACCUGAACCCCGCUUUAUUUGGAAAGAAAAGGACUGGCCCAAUGGGUUCCCUGAUUCUCCAGAAGAGGCCAGCACAGAUGUGGUGACUUUCUUAGAGCAGAGAGACUGCUAUCAUCGACUGCAGGCACUUGGUGUCAAAAACUUUUGUGUUGGUAGUAUUGUAGCUGUGACUAGGUCAGAUCCUCUCAUUGCAAAAGGAAAAGUCAGGUUUGUGGGUAUCUGUAUUUACAAAAGUCGUUGGCAAAAUUCCUUAGGCGCCACCUUUACUUUACGCAACGUAAUAGACGGUGAACCAAUGGAGGUGAACUUUCAGUUGUUCUCGCCACUUAUUCAAAGCAUCGAGGUCCUUAAGCAUGAGACAAGAGGGGAGGAUGCCCUGUGGUACCUAAGGGACUACCCUCCCUCUAUGAGCACGGUGAAUGAGAAAAUGAAGCCACUGCCGUACACGAAAGAACCCUUGGAGUAUGUUGAAACUGAAGAGACUAAGCGGGAAGUUGAGAAGUGGUUCGAGCAAAUCUGGAGAAAGAAAAAGAAGUAUUAAAUUUUUUUAAGCUUUUUCAAGAACUGAGAGCUGUCUGAAGACUUAAGCUGUGGAAGACGAUCAGCUAUAGAAAAACAUGAUUGUCGGAGAUCAUCGAACAGAUUAAAGACUUUUGUGCAGCACA